AUGAUGACACUUCUCGAUGUAAGAUUCGAAAAAGCAGUAUUUCGUACUGCGAACGUUCUCAUAAUUUCAGAAACAAUUGUCUGAGUCUUGCGCCUCCCGUCUCAACUUUGACUACACGGAAAUUGACGAGCUCAUUCAAAACGGGCCGGCAGAUUUGCAGACAAUUCUCUUCGGAAUGCGCGGACUCAUGAAAUUGGUAUCCAAAAUUUUUAAGCAAAUUAAAAGCUAGCUCGCUUCAGAUGGAACUGGAACACGAUCGCAAAAUGAAAAGAAAACCGGACAACGACACGGUACAAGCUUGUCCAGAUGUAGAAGCUUCGCCGUAA